AUGUCUUUCAGUCCCAAUGAAAAUCGGCCCGUCAGAGUCGCUAAUUGUUCUGGCUAUCAUGGUGAUCCCGCGUAUGAGAUGUAUCGCCAAGCGACUCUAGGAGAUGUCGACUUUAUCACAGGAGAUUACCUGGCGGAGGUCAACAUGGCAAAUAAUGCACAGGCGUUCCAGCGUGGCGAGCAUCCUGGGUACGAGCAGACAGCCUGGGAUGGUAUCCAGCAGACCAUCGAUGUGAUCGCCAAAAAGGGCAUCAAAGUCGUACUCAAUGGAGGAGCUCUCAAUCCUAAAGGGCUAGCUCUGAAAGUACACGAACUCAUCCACCAAAAAGGCCUCGCUUUGCGAGUAGCCUAUAUAUCAGGAGAUGACCUCUAUACUAAAUUCGGCCCUAACAUGCCGCAAUCCGUAGAACAACUCCAACACCUCGACGCCGAAAACAAAUCCGUCAAGCCUAGCCCUCUCACCUAUUCAUUCACCAAUACCACCAAGCCCGUCCCCAUGGUCUCAGCACACGCAUACCUUGGUGCCCGGGGUAUCGUGGACGGACUCCGUCGGGGGCCGAUAUCAUUAUUUGCGGUCGGUCCGGUCAUUGCAGCGGCGUGGUACUGGCACUCCUGGUCGGAGUCGGACUAUGACCGUUUGGCUGGGUCCCUGGUGGCAGGACACCUUAUUGAGUGUUCGGCUUAUGUUACUGGCGGCAAUUUUUGUGGCUUCGAUCGGCACCCGAUCGAUAUUUUUGUUGAACCAGGGUUCCCCAUUGCGGAAAUUGAUGCCGAUGGAUCGUGUGUUGUGGUGAAACAUCCUGGCACCGGUGGUAUUGUUGAUGUUGAUACGGUUCGGUGUCAACUUUUAUAUGAACUUCAAGGAAAUGUUUACUUGAAUAGUGAUGUCAGUGCUAUUCUGGAUGAUAUUGUCGUUGAGCAAGCUGGAAAGGAUAGGGUGUACGUUCAUGGUAUACGAGGCUAUGCUCCUCCUCCAACAACUAAGCUGGCUGUGUUCUAUCCUGGUGGCUUCGAGGCCCAGAUCUUGCUGAAUGCCACUGGAUAUGCGACUAGUAAAAAGUGGGAUCUGAUUGAAAAACAACUCCGUCAUUUCAUUGAGAAAGAAUCCAUUGAUCAGAUUGACACACUUGAGUUCCAGAGAAUUGGUGUCCCUGCCCCAAAUCCAAGCUCACAGCGCCAAAGCACCACAUACCUACGGAUCUUUAUUGCUGCAGUCAAUGCCGAUGCCGUUCUCGCCGUUGGAAGAGCAAUAAAAGAUAUCUCCUUGAAGCAUUUCUCAGGAUUCCACUCCUCUCUCGACAUGCGCACGGCAGUUCCACGCCCAUUCCUAGCCUACUAUCCCGCCAUAGUCAAGCAGGAUGAUCUGAACGAGGAGAUCAACUUUAUCGAUGGACCCGAUUCUAUCAUCUCGUUUCCAACAGGCCAUCCACCAGCGUAUGAAGCUCUGCAGCCACGCGCAAGCUAUAAUCAUAGACUUUCUAGUGAGGAAUCUGCCCUUCUUCGGUCUUCAACUCGAUCAAUUCGACUAGGAGACAUUGCUCUUGCCCGAUCUGGUGACAAAGGAUCUAACCUCAACUUUGGAAUUUUUGUCCCUGAUGCUACUCACUGGCCUUGGUUGAGGUCCUAUAUGAGCGUGGAGAGAUUGCGAGAGAUGUUAGCUGACGAUGAUGACUGGGAUGGGUCGUUCUUGGUCGAGAGAGUGGAAUUCCCGUACAUUCAUGCUGUGCACUUUGUGAUCUAUGGAAUUCUUGGUCGGGGUGUUAGCAGUUCGAGUCGAUUAGAUGGUUUUGGCAAGGGAUUCGCGGAUUAUGUGCGCGAUAAGAUUGUUGAGGUUCCAGUCGAAAUUUUGAACUGA